AUUUUAGUUUAAUUUUUAAAACGGCUUUGGGCCCCUUUGGCGUUAGUGAAACGAGAGAUUAAGUUGCAUUUUCAGGUGGGUUUACUUUCCGAAUAAAGAUCCGAACCAUUAAUAAAUCGGGUCACAAAAAUAAACGGUGAAGAUUACAUCUACCACAAUCACACUUUCCCUAUUUUAGCGAUAGAAACCGAAGUAAAAGCUUAGUUUUGCUUUUUCACACACUUGAGAGAGGAGUUUCUUAUUCCUUCCAGAUUCUUCUUCCAUCGGAAUCUUCAAUUUAGGGUUUUUAAUUUCACAAUCGCCGAUUUCAAAACUGAGAGAUUAACAUGGCUGAUCAUCAAGAACACGAAGAAGUAAAGAGUGAAUCUUUGUUGGAGAAGAUUUCAGGAAAACUCCAUGACCACGAUUCUUCAUCUUCAUCUGAUUCAGACAACGAGAAAGAGAAGAAGACUUCUUCUCCUACUUCCCUUAAGAACAAGGUUUUCAGGCUUUUCGGCAGAGAAAAGCCUCUUCACAAUGUUCUUGGUGGUGGAAAACCUGCUGAUGUUUUUCUAUGGAGAAAUAAGAAGAUAUCAGCAACAACCCUUGGAGUGGCAACAGUUUUAUGGGUUCUCUUUGAAUUGCUUGAAUACCACCUCCUGACUUUGAUUUCCCACUUGGCAAUACUUGCUCUAGCAGUGUUGUUCUUGUGGUCAAAUGCAUCCACUUUCAUCAACAAGUCACCACCAAAGAUCCCACAGGUGCACAUUCCUGAGGAGCCUGUUUUACAGAUUGCCUCUGCUCUUAGAAUUGAGCUCAAUCGGGCUUUUGCUCUAUUAAGGGAUAUUGCUUCUGGAAGGGAUCUCAAAAAGUUUCUCUCAGUGAUUGCUGGAUUAUGGGUUUUGUCCAUUGUUGGGAGUUGGACCAACUUCUUGACAUUGUUCUACAUAGCUUUUGUUUUACUACACACUGUACCUGUGCUUUAUGAGAAGUAUGAAGAUAAGGUGGACUCUUUUGGUGAGAAGGCACUUGCUGAGUUCAAGAAGCAGUAUGCUGUGUUUGAUGAAAAGGUUUUGAGCAAGAUUCCCAAAGGACCUUUGAAAGACAAAAAGAAAGAUUGAAGUGCUGACAAGUAUGUUGUAGUUGGGUUUCAUUGAUGCUGUUACAUUCGGAUUCAUCAUCAGUUUAAACCCUGUGAUGUUAUAAUUUUUAUUUUUUUAGGGUUUGUUAGUAGACAUUGUCCGAAGAAUGCUUUAUAUGUUUUUGUGCUGCUUACAUGUAAGUCUUGGAAUAUCUUAUAUGCUUAUGGUUGACUUGCUGUUGUGUUGUAUUUUACAUCAUGAAUAUAUUACUUUCUGCA